CGAAUUCAAAUCUUGCAAUUUAAUUAAUUUUUUUAAUUAACUUUAUAAAAAAAAUAUGUAAUUUAUUGUUCGUUCGUUAAAAGUAAUAAAUCAAAAGAUGUUGAUACAUUGCAUAAUUUGCACUGAAGUGAUUAGCUACGGACAGAAUGUUUCGGCGGUUCCGUGCGGUCACGUAUUCCACGAACAAUGCCUGACGAGGUGGUUCGGUAGCAGCUUGACCUGUCCCCAGUGCAGAAACAAACGAGAGUUGCAGAAUAAAGAGAUGGACUAUCUUGAGAUAGUCUGCGAGAAGCACGAGCUCGAGACUAAAUUGCAGUCGCUGGUUGAAAAACACAAAAAAGUUGUUGACAAUCUGUCUGAGGAGAAAUCUAAGAAUGGGUGUCUGACCGAGCAGCUAAAGUACCAUGAGGCACUAACAAAAGAGCUGGAGUCGAGCAACCAGAUGGUGAAUGCCUUGAAAGAGCAACUCGAAGUCUAUAAAAAUGUUCAAUAUGCUGUCAAUGGGGUCGAGGAUGAAGUGAAAGAAAUGGUGAAUGAAUGCGUAGAUCGUAAUCAGCUGGGAACCUGGUGUUGUUUGUUUAAAAAGGAACUCGAGCGCAAGAAAAUGGACCUCCGAUUGAGUUUAGACACAAUAAAAAAAUUGCGAAAAGAACUGGACGAUGUCAAGAAACAUCUUGAAAAUAAGACAAAGAUGAUCCAAACGAUGGAGGGGGAGAAUGUGAUGAAUGAAGAGACUAUUGUUCAGCAGGAUGAAGAAAUUAAAAGUCUCAAGAAAAAAUUAACUGCCUUACAGGCGGCCAUCAGUUCUCCACGACCGACCACAUCCAGUUUAGUGCACCGCCUGCUGUACGAGAGCCCAUGCAACCUCAACCUCACCUGCGAUGACCUCCUGAAGAGCCCCGGCCUCAGUAAGAAAAGGAAAUAUGAUGAAGAUAAUAAUAAUAAUGGAUAUGUUAAUAAUAGUAAUAAUAAUAAUAAUAACAGUAACAAUAAUAAAAGGAAUGAUAGUGAGAGUGAUGAUAAUUUAAGCGAUUGUAGGAAUUAUUUGCGGGUGAGUGAGAAUGACGUCAGCGUCGUCGUUUGUCCUGAUGAUGAUGCUUAUAAGGGUGACGAUGACGGUGACGAUAACAGAAGACAGAACAACAACAACAACAACAAAGUUAACGGAAAUAAUAACAAUAACAUAAAAAUAACUUUGAACAAAAAAAAUAGUAAAAACAACAUCAGCAACAACAAGAGUGCCAAGCUGAGAGAGCACAACUCGGACAUUUUAAUGAGUAUACAAAUCUUCAACACGCGCAGCUUGCAAUGGGGCGGCAAAAAGAUAAUGGCGUCAUCUUCAGCCGGCACGGUAAACAACAGGCAAAUAUCGUCGUCAUCUUCAUCAACGUCAUCAUCGUCCAUGGUGAUGAGAAAAGGUUACAACGGCCUCGGUGGUCACGACAAGUUCGUUGCCCCACUACCAAAGUACAGUUACAACAACAACAACAAUAAUAAUACUAAUAAUAAAAAUAAGAAUAAUGAUUACAAUAAAAAUGCUUGCGGGAGUAAUGACGUCACAAAAAAUAAACCUGGAAAAUCGAUCGUCAUAAAAUAUUUAGCACCAUCUACUUCCACGUCAUCGUCGGCAGCGCUCCUGAAUAAUUUUCCAGUUCUUUGCGACUUUGACGAUCUCAUAUUAUAA